GCCAUGUCUGGACGGUAGAUAACUCGAAUUCGAAAGCUCAAUUUGAUUCCCUUUUGCGGCGGCGAUAGGGCGAACAGAGGAACGACCGGAGAGAACUUCGUAACCAAAGCAGGUCUUGGCCUUUUUCCACCUUAGCGAGUGGUAGCCGUCGUCAUCAGAUUUAUUGAUACUGAAAAAGACGAAGAAGAAGUAUGGCUCUUCAGCUGCUGAAGCUUUCCGUAGUCUCGCGCUUUAGUUACAGAAAUGCUUGGUCUUCAAGCUCCUUCCUUUUGUCUAAUUCCUGCUUCCCUUACAUCCCUGUUCGACGGGAGAGAUCAGAGCACCGUUUCUGCGUUCGGUGCUUCGCUACGAAACCCGAAAAGAUUCAAAUACCCAGAAAGAAGAGAAGGCUGGAUGAAGUAUGCCUAGAUAGGUUCCAGCAGUACAGCAGAACGAUGAUACAAUCUUGGAUUUUGCAGGGGAAAGUGUUUGUCAAUGGCAAGAAAGUGAAUAAAGCUGGCACUCCUGUCUCUGACAAAUCUGUUGUGGAAAUCACUGCUGAGAUUCCCAAAUAUAGAGGUGUAUCGACUUUGAUCUAUAUGCAACACAGAGCAGGAUAUAAACUGGAAGCAGCCCUGGAACAACUCGGGGUCGAUGUUACUGGCAAAGUAGCUCUUGAUUCUGGAUUGUCCACUGGGGGAUUCACGGAUUGCUUGCUUCAACAUGGAGCCUCGUUCGUCUAUGGUGUCGAUGUGGGUUAUGGUCAGAAACUACAAAUUUUGAUUGUGAAUGAAGCAUUACUUCAGGUGGCAGAUAAAAUUAGGCGAGACGAACGUGUUAGUGUGAUAGAAAGAACCAACCUAAGACAUCUACCAGGGCUUCCCCAGAAAGUGGAUAUUGCGACUCUGGAUCUCUCAUUCAUCUCUAUUCUCCUGGUUAUGCCUGCUGUAGUCGGUGUCAUGAAAGAAGAGGCAAGUUUGGUGACCCUAGUUAAGCCUCAAUUUGAAGCUCAUAGGUCGCAGGUGGGAGGCGGAGGGAUUGUAAGAGACCCAAAAGUCCAUCAAGAGGUUCUUGAGAAGAUUAUAAAUGGCGUGGAGAGUUUUGGCUUCAGGAAAAAUGGAUGGAUCGAGUCUCCUAUCAAGGGUGCAGAGGGAAACAUAGAGUUUCUGGUCUACUUCAGUCGAGUGAACGAAAGAAGCAAUCCAGCAGUUGGAACCGGAGAAGAACUCUUAUAGGCAGCCCUCUCUUCUACUCAAUUUUCAUAUGUAGCAUUACACCAGUAAAGUACUUCUA